AUGUAAUAAGGCAGUUUUUAGGCAAAAUUUAAGGCUGCUCUUGCUAUUUCCUAAAUGGAUAAAAAGCAUAGAUAACAAAAUAAGAGUCAAGUUUAAAAUCAAUUAUGUGAAACCAUUGUAUAACAUAAUGGAAAUAAAUGUACUUUUUAUAUGGGAAAUGAUAAAAUGGCAGAAAUUGAUGAAAAUGGAAUAGUAGUUCCAGAACAGGAUAUUUAAGUUAUAUCUAAGAAAAAUGAAUCAUAAAAACUUCCAAGUAUUGAGGGAAUGCUCCUUAAAAAAAGUCCACAUUAUUUCUAAGGAUGGUAAUAGAGAUGGACAGUUUGUAAAAAUAAUCGUCUUAUUUAUUACUUACCUGAAAAUUAAAAUUCCCCUUAUGGAGUUCUUGAUUUUAAUAUCAUGUCAUAUUCAUUAUAAGAUGUCAAAAAUUAGUAAGGUCAAAUAACUGAAUUUGUGUAUUAAUUUUUUACUCUAUUUUAAGAUUAAUUCCAAGUGGUUCUACAAAGAACUUUAUUUUUAAAGCUGAAAAUGCUGAUAAAACAAAAGAUUGGUAUCAUGUUGUUAGAGAAAAUAAAGAUACUUCUGAAGGAGCAAAAAAGAUUAUCAAUUCUUUAAAUAAAUAUCCUAGAUUUUGGAGAGUAACUUUAAAUAUAAUCAAUUAUAUAGACAGAUAGAAUAUCAUUUGAAUAAUUUUAAAAAAUAGGAGAUACUGCUGAUAUACUUCUAUUCAGAGGAACCGGAGCUAAUUGUUUAAUUUAAAGAGGAUUAACUGGUUCUGAUUAUGAUCAUGCUGCCCUAUUAUUAAGAUUUCCAUCAGGAUCUUUGUAUAUAUUAGAAGCUACUGGUUGUUAUGGAGUAGGAUUAUGUUCUUGGUGUAAAUAGAUUAUUAAUUACAAAAGAGGACAUGAUUGCUGAAAGAUGGUUCGAACUAUUUGAUAAGAUUGUAAUUAGAAGAUUGGAAAUUGAAAGAGAUCAUAAAUUUUUAAGUACAGUUUAAGAAUUUGUAACUGAAAAUAUUGGUAAAAAAUAUUCACUCACUCCAAUGAAAUUACUCAAAUAAAAAUCUACAGUCUAAGAUAUAAAUAAAUAAGCUAAUAAGGUAAAUUUUAUAAACAAUCUUUUUUUAGGAAGAAAGAACAUUCUUUUGUUCUGAAUUAGUCGCAGCUCUUUACAAAAAGUUAGAAAUCUUUGAUUAAUAAAAAUCUUCAGCAUAAUAUUGGCCAGGAAAUUUAUCAUCUGAAAAUAAAGGACUUGUAAUUUUAAAAGGGAAAUUGCAUCCAGAAUAACUGAUUGAUUUUAGUAAUAUAUGA